UACUAACUACUAACUACUAACAGUGAGGUAUGAUUCAACCACAACUUCAUCAUGUAUUUGCAUUGGCUAUAGCUCUUCGUAUAGGAUUCUUUUUAUUUGGAUUAUAUCAAGAUAAGUAUAUGAUAGUUAAAUAUACUGAUAUUGAUUAUGUUGUAUUUACUGAUGCAGCAUGUUAUGUAUAUAAUGGACAAUCACCAUAUAAUAGAGAAACUUAUCGUUAUACUCCAUUACUUGCAUAUAUAUUAACUCCUAACUGUUGGAAUGAUCAAUGGUAUAGUUUUGGUAAAUUUAUAUUUAUGAUUAGUGAUUUAAUAACUGGAUAUUUUAUUACAAAACUUAUUCAAAUUUCUCAACCAUCAAUAUCAAAUUCAAAAUUACUUAUAUUAUCAUCUAUUUGGUUAUUAAAUCCAAUGGUAAUAACCAUAAGUACAAGAGGUUCUUCUGAAAGUUUAUUGACUGUUAUAAUUAUGGCAUCUAUAUAUUUUUUAGUAAAGGGAAAUAUUAUAAUAUCAGCAUUAUGGAUGGGAUUAGCUAUUCAUCUUAAAAUUUAUCCUAUAAUAUAUUUAUCAAGUAUUGCUUAUUAUUUAUCUAAUAAAGCUAAUCCAUUUAUAAAUAUUAAAUUAUUAAAUUUAUUGAAUUAUAAAAAUUUAUUAUACAUAAUAAUAUCACUAUCAAUAUUUGCAAGUUUAAAUUUAAUAAUGUAUCAAUACUAUGAUUAUCAAUUUUUAUUUGAAACUUACUUGUAUCAUCUUGUAAGAUUAGAUCACAGACAUAAUUUUUCCAUAUAUAAUGUAUUAUUAUAUUAUAAAUCUGCCAUUCCUUUAGAAUCAGAUCUUAUUGAUAUUGAAAGAUUCGCAUUCAUACCUCAAUUACUUAUCUCAGUAAUUGCUAUACCUUUAGUAUUCUCAAAAUCUGAUAUUAUUUCAACCCUUUUCUUACAAACAUUUGCAUUUGUCACAUUCAAUAAAGUUAUAACUUCUCAAUAUUUCAUUUGGUUCUUAAUAUUUUUACCUCAUUUCUUAUUAAAAUCUAAUCUUACUUAUAAGAAUUCACUAAAUGGUAUAUUUCUAUUACUAUUAUGGAUAGUAUCUCAAGGUUCUUGGCUUUAUUUUGCAUAUCAAUUAGAAUUCUUGGGCUUAAGUACAUUUGAUACUGGUCUCUUAUACUCUUCUAUAUUCUUCUUCUUAUCCAAUUGCUAUAUAUUAGGUCAAUUCAUUGUUAGUUUAUAGAUAAAUAAUUAGCAACCAAAUUUAGGUGUGUACUGCAUACAUGAAAUUUUUUAGUAGAAUAUUUUUGAUAUUGCGAUGAAUCUUAUACAGAUUCAUUAUACUAAAAAGUAGAA